CUCUUUCGCAGUUUCGUCUCAAACUCAACAGUCAUUUAAAUUGUGCCUGCGCGAUUAUCGCAAGUUGUGUGUUGUUUACCUUUACCGGACUUUACUGUCGCAGUGUCGUACUCGUCUAGUCUGUCUGUGCCGUUAGGUUACCUGGUUACCACAGGGCCACUGUCCUGUAGUGCGUUUUUCAAGGUAUCACACGUCGGACGUGUUAAUAGUGUCUUCGUCAGAAGCAUGUUGUCAACGGCUAGUUCAUUCGAAAGCAUCCACAAGGGGCAAAUUCUUUCAACGGAUAUCGAUUAUUACAAUAAAUAUGUUUGUACUAGUUCUGCGGAUGGCGUCAUUCAAAUUAUCGAUAGCGACAACCCAAACUUGUAUUCAGCGAUACAAUUACAAGAACACGUUGGUCCUGUGUGGCAAGUAAUGUUUUCACAUCCAAAAUUUGGAUUUUUAGCUUCAUGUGGAUCUGAUGGAAAAUUAAUCAUACGUAAAACUAAUAAUGAGGGUGAGUGGAAGGUUGUUUAUCAAUAUGAUGGGCACAAAUCAUCAACAACUUCUAUAGAUUGGGCGCCAUAUAAAUCUGGAGCAAUCAUAGCCUGUUCAAGUGCUGAUGGUACUAUUUCAAUACACACUCUAAUUAAUAAUGAUUGGUCUGCAUCAAAGAUACCUAAUGCUCAUUUAAAUGGUGUUAACUGCAUCAGUUGGUCAAAUGAAUUAUUAAAUAAUAAUUUGCUAUUAGUUAGCGGAGGUAAUGAUAAUAAGAUCAAAAUAUGGAAAGGUCAAAUAGGUAUGUGGAACAUUAUGUAUGAAUCAGACAAUCAAUUAUCUACCAUCAAAGAUAUAAGUUGGAAUCCAACUCCUGGUCUAUACAAACAUGUAUUUGCUAGCUGUGCCUCAAAUGGUAGAGUAUUUGUAUGGGGAAGUGAUGAUUAUUAUGAUUGGGUACAAACAGAAAUUGACCCCGACGACUUGCAAAAACAAAAAAUCAGUUUUUCUCGUUUUGGAACAGUGUUGUCUGUUUCAAUGAACAAUUAUGUUGUAAAACUUUGGAAACAAAUUGAUAAAAAAACUUGGAUGUGUAUGGAUAAGAGUAUUUCCAACAGAAAAACAUUGGAUCGUCAAAACAAAAAUGUUAAUCAAGAUAUAUUUUCUACUAUUGUUUAAUGAAUAUUAUUUUUAAUAUAUUAAUUUUUAUUUGAAAAUUAAUGCAAUUUAAACAUGAUUCUUGACAUAAUUUA